GCAUUGGCAGGCCUCCUGCACAGCGCAUCAGCGGUGUUUGAGGUGACAAACGGCAACGGCACAGCUUGCAUAAUGGCCAACUUCUCCGCUGCCUUCUUGGUGAGCUACGACACUCAGAGCGGCCCUAAGAACGCGCUCUUUGACCUGCCUUCAAGUGCACACGUGCUGAACAGCAGCUCUUGUGGGAAAGAGAACAUGUCUGACCCCAGUCUCAGGAUUGCUUUUGGAGGAGGACACACACUGACCUUCAGCUUCUCAAGAAAUGCAGCACGUUACCGUGUCCAGCGCAUGACUUUUGUUUACAGCUUGUCAGACGCACACAUUUUCCCCAACGCAAGCUCCAAGGAAAGCAAGACUGUGGAAUCCGCGACUGACAUCCAGGCAGACAUAGACAAGAAGUACCGGUGUGUGAGUGCCACCGAGCUGCACAUGAGCAACGUGACCCUCACGCUCCGUGAUGCCACCAUCCAGGCCUACCUUUCGAACAACAGCUUCAGCAAGGGAGAGUCGCGCUGCAGGCAGGACGGGCCUUCCCCGACCACGGCACCGCCCCGGCCCUCGCCGCCGCCCGAGAGCCCCUCCGUGGACAAGUACAACGUGAGUGGCAGCAACGGGACCUGCCUGCUGGCCAGCAUGGGGCUGCAGCUGAACGUCACCUACGAGAGGAGCGACAACACGACCGUGGCCAGAGUGCUCAACGUCAACCCGAACAAGACCUCGGCCAACGGGAGCUGCAGCUCCCAGCUGGUGACCCUGGAGCUCCGGAGUGAGGACGUCACCCUCCUGGUCUUCCAGUUCGGGAUGAACGCAAGUUCCAGCCAGUUCUUCCUGCAAGGAAUCCAGGUGAACAUGACUCUCCCCGACGCUCGAGACCCCACCUUCGGAGCGGCCAACCGCUCACUGAGGGCGCUGCAGGCCACCGUGGGCAACUCCUACAAGUGCAACGCGCAGGAGCGCGUGCAGGUCACGAAGGCGUUCUCUGUCAACAUCUUCAAGGUGUGGGUCCAGGCUUUCAAGGUGGAAGGCGACAAGUUUGGGUCUGUGGAGGAGUGUCUGCUGGACGAGAACAGCAUGCUGAUCCCCGUUGCCGUCGGGGGCGCGCUGGCCGGCCUGGUCCUCACCGUCCUCAUCGCCUACCUCGUCGGCAGGAAGAGGAGCCACGCCGGCUACCAGACGAUCUAGCGCUGCCGCGUGCUCCGCCAGACGCAGCUGCAGGGUCUGUACUCCCCCGGCUUGGCGUCCUGUCGGGGCACACUUUCUGGCAAACUGUUUUUCAGAUCUGCUUUAUCAAAUGUGAAGUUCAUCUUGCAACAUUUACUAUGCACAAAAGAGUAACUAUUGAAAUGACGGUGUUAAUUUUGCUAACUGGGUUAAAUAUUUUGCUAACUGGUUAAACGUUAAUAUUUACCAAAGUAGAACCCUAAGGGAGGGGAGAGUGCUUUGCUUGACGGGCACUGGCUCCGCUGUCAUCUGACACUUUACGAUUCUGGUGUUGGGUUCCUCCCUUUACUCAGAUUUAAGGCUCCCAGGGGAAGCCUGGGCCUCGCGCUUAGGGCCCAGGAAGGGUGGCUAAUUGUUAGGCUGACAUGCUUCAGAAAUUAAAAAUCGUACGGACAGAAAGUGGUAGCACAGAAGUGUUCCGAAAGAUGAACAUCUGGGACGCUUCAACUAAGCUUUAAAGCUGGGACGUGGCCCGCGGCAGUCGGCGUUCGAGACGCCCGCGGGCGACCCUCUGGUGUUUUCCAUGCUCUGCCACUCAAGAGCUGGCACUUUUUUAACUAUAAAAAUGGGUGUUAUUUUUAUUUACUUUUUUUGUAAAGUGAUUUUCAGUCUUCUGUUUGGCAUUCAGGGUGACCCUUUUCCUGCACUGUGUUCAAGGCUAGGUAGUUAACUUCCGCUGCAUCUGUGGCGCGGGCGGGGGGCACACCGAGGAGGGCUCCAUGUAACGCAUCGCCUGUAACAAUGCUAAUAAAGUCUUUCUCUUUCGUC